CAAGGCACCAUGAGCGAUAACGCACAUCCAUCCCGCAAGAUUCUCCUGGUCGCAACGACGGGUGGCUUUACCCAUGCCGCUCCGGUCCUCGAACUGGGCAAGGUCCUCUCCGAGCGAGGCCAUACAAUCGACUUCGCAACCAUGGAGGGCCAGGAGCACUGGACGGAAGACUACCCAUUCAUCUCUCAACUCCAUAUACUCGGAGCCGGUCCGACCGAGCAGCAAUUGAGCGAGCAUUACUUGCGCAUGCGGAAAUGGGACAUGUCUGUCGGCCUAGCGGGCGCCAUGCCCUCGAAGUACAUGUUCGACUCCUUCUGGCCGGUGACCUACGACCACCUCAAGGAUAUCAUGGACGACUCUGCCCGCCGUCCCGACUUUAUCAUCGCGGACUUCUUCGUUGAUGCCGUCAAAGACAUGCACUUCCAAUAUCAAGUGCCCGUGGCCAUCGUGCACCCACAAAUGCCAGCUUUGAUGCUUCCGUGCAGCUACAUCCCCGGACAGCCAGGCUUCCAGCUGGACGGCACCCUCACCUCCGAGCACGCCUCCAUCUGGCUUCGUCUGAAGAACGAACUCGUGGUCGUCAAGGGCGUGAGGGAGAUCAUCCGCUUCUUCCGCUGGACGAAGCAAAUGCGCCGCGCCCAUGGCGUACACUACUCCAUUCCCAACACCCGCAAACCCGACUACCUAGUCUUCAUCAACUCAUUCUUUGGACUCGAGGUCCCGCGCGACCUGCCGCCGCUCGCGGCCGUCGUAGGCCCGAUACUGAGCGACACAUACCCGCCGUGCGACGAGCAUUACACUAAGUUCCUCUCCGACCGCAAGAAGGUCAUCUACAUUGCCCUCGGCACGCAUGUCAUCCUUUCUAUGGCGGACGCCUCCAAGAUUCUCACCGCGCUGUUUCGGCUUUUGGAGGCUUCCGUCAUUGACGGCGUCAUCUGGGCGGUCGGCCAAAGCGGCCGACAGGACCUCGACCCAUCCGCCUUAUUCACGUUCGUGACUCCUCCGGUGGUUUCAAAUACUGUCGACAGCAACAAGGAGUCCAGACAAGGAACGAUCACUCUAGCCGACCUCCUAGCCGGCCAUCACCCGGCCUUCCUCUUCCCCAACUUCGCCCCCCAGCGCGCCCUUCUCGACCACCCGGCCGUGCGCCUCUACUUCACCCACGGCGGCGGCUCAAGCGCCAAUGAGGGCCUCUACCACGGCAAGCCCAUGCUGGCGAUGGGAAUCUUCUCGGACCAGAUCGCCAACACGGCGCGGCUGGUGCACGGCGGCGUCGCGGAGCCGCUGAACAAGUUCUCCUUCACCGCGGAGGAGGUCUUCGAGAAGGCGCGCCGCAUCGUCGAAGAUGUCGGCGGCGGGUACGCGCGCGAGUCGCUGCGGCUGCAGCGGAUUGCUAGGGUGGCGUCGCGCCGGAAGCACUACGCGGCGGAUCUGGUGGAGGAGGUGCUGUAUGACACCGAGCUGCGGGUUGUGGACGGAAAGGAGGUCCGCCCGAUGCAUCUGCAGACGGCGGAUAUGAGGAUGUCGAUGUAUAAGGUGCGCAACUGGGAUCUGAUGGCGUUGGCGGGGGUGGGGUUGGCGGGAUGGCUGGGGUCGGUUGCACUAUUGGGGCGUUUGGUGUGGCGGCAUCGCACGGUUGCGAAAGGGUUCGUGCUUGGCUUGAUGGAGCGAUGGUUUAAUUAGGAUGUUGUGGGUGGGUGUGAUUGACAUACAUUCGUCAUGGUGGAUCGGAUAUGAAAUCGGCUAUCCCGUGACGACCUGUGAUUCUGCCAGUUCGUGUAGUAUUUUCAUAUAAUAUUCUUUGCCUUGUUAAUACCAAUAUCAAGAUGCUGAGAUAAGCUUG